AUGUUGGAAGCUACUGGUUUUGUUCAAAGUAAUGCUGACUCAUCCUUAUUCACUCAUAAAGGAUCAGCUGGUAUAUUGGUGGUUCUUGUCUAUGUGGACGAUCUCAUCACAAGUGAAAAUGAAGUUGAAAUUGAAGCUCUCAAGAAAUCUCUCAAUCACACCUUUGCCAUAAAGGACCUGGGGAGACUAAUAUGCUUCCUUGGCAUUAAAAUGGAAACAUCUCAAAAGGGUUUGUUUUUAAAUCAAUGCAAAUAUGUUGUGGAUCUUCUUACUGAGGCUGAAUUACUUGAUUGCAAGCCUGCUAUCACUCCCCUUGAUAGUAAGCUAAAGCUUGAGAUGGAUGGAGAACCUCUUACCCAUGUAAGUCACUACCAAAGGUUAGUUGGAAAGCUUAUAUACCUUACCAUAACCAAACCGAAUAUCACCUAUGCUGUGAGACUGGUUAGCCAAUUCAUGCAUGCACCAUCUGUGAAACAUCUUCUCAUUGUUAAAAGAAUUCUACGCUACCUCAAAGCUUUAGGUAGAGGCAUUCUUAUGAAGAACAAUCAAUCCACUCAAAUCAGUGGCUACACCGAUGCAGAUUGGGCCGGAAAUGCAAUUGAUAAGAAGUUUACUGCUGGCUAUUGUACGUUUAUUGGAGGAAACAUCGUCACAUGGAAAAGCAAAAAACAACAGGUUAUUGUACAUUCUAGUGCAGAGGCUGAAUAUCGUGCAAUGGCAUCGAUAACAUGUGAUUUAAUUUGGCUCAAUGGGUUACUUUGA